AUGACCAUGGAGGAGGCGCUCAUCUCGCCGGAGCUGCGCGACGUGCUGGCCAAGGUGGCGGUGUUCCUGCUCGUGCAGGGGCUGGUGUACCUCAUCCUCACCAACUCCUCCGACGUCUUCUCCAAGAGCAAGAGGCUCCGGUCCCUCAGCUUCCGGCCCAUGCGGUCCAUGAGCGUGCGCCGCGUCCUGGCGCCGCUCUCCGACGUCCCCGUCGGCACCGACGACGACUCGCCCUCGCCCUCGCCUUCGCUGUUUUCGUCUUCUUCGUGGUCGUCGCGCCGCUGGGUAGCCGCAAAGAGGAUUGAGCAGCUUGGAGUCAGAGCGGUUGCUUAG